AUGGAGGAGGAGGCCCAGCAGAGUCUGGAGUGUAUCCAGGCCAAUCAGAUCUUUCCCAAAAAGUUACCCGUUCUGGAGGAGGAGAACAUGCAGGUGCCCUUUCCACAGUUGCAUGGGGAGUUCACGGAGUAUGUGGGGAGGGCGGAGGACGCCAUCAUCGCCAUGUCUAACUACCGCCUCCACAUCAAGUUUAAAAAGUCCGUUGUCAAUAAUUGUUGUUGUGAUUUGUCAGUUCCUCUUCAGCUCAUCGAGAGCGUGGAGUGUCGAGAUAUGUUCCAGCUUCUUGUCACCUGUAAAGACUGCAAAAUCGUCAGGUGUCAGUUCACCACCUUUGAGCAGUGUCAGGAGUGGCUGAAGCGUCUGACUGUGGUGGUGCGGCCCCCAGCGCGCCUCCAGGACCUGUUCUCCUUUGCCUUCCACGCCUGGUGCAUGGAGGUGUACGCUGGGGAGAAGGAGCAGCAUGGAGAGCUGUGUCGACCAGGGGAACAUGUGACUUCUUGGUUCAAAAAUGAAGUGGAGAGAAUGGGCUUUGACACUCAAAACGCCUGGAGGAUAACGGACAUCAACAGCAAGUUCAGGCUCUGUCCCAGUUACCCCCAGCAGCUCCUGGUCCCGGCCUGGAUCACAGACAAAGAGCUGGAAAACGUGGCAGGCUUUCGCUCCUGGAAGAGGUUUCCGUCUGUGGUGUACAGACACCUAAGCACUGGUGCAGUUAUCGCCCGCUGUGGUCAGCCUGAGGUGAGCUGGUGGGGCUGGAGGAAUGCGGAUGAUGAACACUUGGUGCAGUCCAUCGCUAAAGCCUGCGCUGUGGACGGAUCCUUACGAAAACCUGUCACCAACGGAGUCCACAGCAACGGCACCGAGCUUUGCGACACAGACUUUGAAUCCUCAAUAACCAACAGCACAGAGGUGGAGUCUUUGGCCAUACAGCCGCACAAGCUGCUGAUCCUGGACGCCCGCUCGUACGCGGCGGCGGUCGCCAACCGCGCCAAAGGAGGAGGCUGCGAGUGCCCAGAGUACUAUCCUAACUGCGAGGUGGUCUUCAUGGGAAUGGCGAACAUCCACUCCAUCCGCAAAAGUUUCCAGUCUCUGCGUUUCUUAUGUACCCAGAUGCCAGAUCCGGCAAACUGGCUGUCUGCCCUGGAGAGCACCAAGUGGCUGCAGCACCUGUCCCUGCUGCUGAAGGCCUCCCUGCUGGUGGUCAACGCGGUGGACAGAGACCAGAGGCCGGUCCUGGUGCACUGCUCCGACGGGUGGGACCGCACACCUCAGAUUGUGGCUCUGUCCAAACUGCUGCUGGACCCGUACUACCGCACAGUUGAGGGUUUCCAGGUGCUGGUAGAGACGGAGUGGCUGGACUUUGGUCAUAAGUUUGCCGAUCGCUGUGGUCAUGGGGAGAACUCUGAGGACCUGAACGAGCGCUGCCCCGUGUUCCUGCAGUGGUUGGACUGCGUGCACCAGCUACAGAGGCAGUUCCCCUGCUCCUUCGAGUUCAACGAGGCUUUUCUGGUCAAACUGGUGCAGCACUCCUACUCCUGCCUCUUCGGGACAUUCCUGUGCAACAGCGGCAAAGAGCGUGAGGAUCGACACGUCCAGGAGAGGACCUGCUCCAUAUGGUCCCUGCUGCGUCCAGCCAAUCGCACGCUCCGGAACAUGCUCUACUCCUCCCACUCCGAAACCGUGCUGCACCCUGUGUGUCACGUCCGAAACCUAAUGCUGUGGACGGCCGUGUACCUGCCCAGCUCAUCCCCCACCACCCCUUCUGACGACUCCUGCGCCCCCUACCCCGGCACGGGGGCCAACGGAGAGGAGGCGCCCCUGGGCAGGCGCUCAAAGACUCGUUCAUUCGACAACAUCCCGAGUGCGUGUGAGAUGGGCAGCGGCCUGCCCCCCAACAGGCGCUCCAGUGACCCCAGUCUGAAUGAGAAGUGGCAGGACCACAGGCGCUCCCUGGAGCUCAUGGCUGUGGGUCCUGAAGGAGGGGCUGGGCCAGACCAGGAGAACCUGCCCAAUGGCGUGGGGGCGUACUCUGACACGGUGGACUCUGAGAGGGACGACAGCCCGCUGUACUGUGGUGACCACAUGCCCCACAAUAAAGGGGAUGAGAAGGCUGAGCUGUCUGUGGCAGUCAGCGAGGGUCAGAUGGAAAACAUUCUGCAGGAGGCCACUAAGGAGGAGGCGGGAUCAGAGCCUAAAGAGGACGUCCCAGCCGCCAAUCAAAGCACUGACCAGGAUGUGACCUCAGAGACACUUGAGCUGGUCCAGUCUGAGCCCACAGUGAACAGGACUAAGGCGGUCACUAACGGACACCUUGCACAAAACGGCGUCUUGUCUGGAGAUGAGGAGGAUGAGCUGUGUCUCGGCGGUGACCCGGAGGUGGCUCUUGUGGCACGAGAUCUGGUAAAGAGGGUCGUGGAGCAAGUGGCUCGGGAGGCUCUGGAGGCUGAGGCUGGUUCAGGGGAUCCAGUGGAGCUCACCAAGACUGUAGUGAACGGCUUUAGCAACGGCACGUGUGAGGAGCCGCACUGCCACAGUCCGGACACAGAGGGCGAUGUGGAGCUGGACAAGAGGCCCUCUCUGAUGGAGAGCUCCACUGAGACUUUGACAGAGAUCUGCCCCACUCCUGUGUCCUGCAGGCAGCAGGAGGCGGAGCCUGGCUUCAGGACUUUAAACGGGGGGGCCAAUUGCCCCUCGGUCAGUGCCUUCCAGUGUGUGAGUGAUCAGCGGAACGGGCUGAGUAACGGGGAGAGUGUAUAUGCAGCUCCACACAGUAUCAAAUGGAACGGUGAGCGUGCUCCUCUGAGCAGACAGCUGUCUGUAGCCAGCUGUGGCUCUCUGCCGCCGCGCUGCGUCCCUCACCGCUGCUGCCACGCGUUGGGGCGGCCGGCGAGCAGCCCCGAGCAGCCGGCACGCAGCCACCUGGACGAUGACGGCCUGACGCUGCACUCAGACGCCAUCCAGCAACGACUCAGACAGAUCGAGGCGGGGCACCAGCUGGAGGUGGAGAGCCUGAAGAAGCAGGUGCAGGAGCUCUGGUCGCGCCUGGAGAACCAGCAGCACAUGGGCCUGCACCGGACCAACGGAGACCUGUGCGCCGAGGUGACCUCCAUGACGGACUCAGAGUUCAACCUGGACCCCAACUGUUUGUCCCGUUGCAGCACAGAGUUCUUCUCUGAGGCCAGCUGGGAGCAGGUGGACAAGAACGACACCGAGGUGACUCGCUGGUACCCGGAUCAUUUAGCGGCUCAGUGUUACGGCUGUGAGAGCCGCUUCUGGCUCGCUGCCAGGAAACACCACUGCAGCGACAGGGAGCGAGUCCAGGAGGUCUGGAACUGUGGUAACGUGUUCUGUGCGAGCUGCUGCGACCAGAAGAUCCCGGUGCCCAGUCAGCAGCUGUUCGAGCCCACGCGCGUCUGCAAGUCCUGCUUCAGCCACCUGCAGCUGUGCCCCCGCGACCUGGAACUGGACAAGGGCAUCGCGGCCAGCUCCAACUGA